GUCUUUGUCAUCAUGAUCAUGACAACUAGUCUUUGCUAAUCCAUCCAUCCAUUCAUCAUAAUUAAUUAAUUACCCAAAAUUAACCCACUUGUUUCCAAUCUCAUUAAUUUAACUAAUUCCAACUAAUCAAAUUCAAUCACCUGAAAUAUGCAUAUCCAUUUUCUUAAUCUUAAUCAACCCAAAAACAUUCUUAUUUCAACCGAGGUGGUUAAUUAACAACCACAAUGAAUUGGUUAACAAACCGUUGGACCGGCGUCGCCGCCGCAAUAUGGAUCCAAUCAAGCUGCGGCGCCUCCUACACCUUCAGCAUCUACUCUCCUCUCCUCAAAUCAACCCAACACUACUCCCAAUCCACACUCGACACCGUUUCCGUUUUCAAAGACAUCGGCGCCAACUUUGGCGUUCUUUCCGGCCUCCUUUACUCCGCCGUUACGCCUUACGGUGAUGGCCCAUCAUCGUCUAAGAAGUCUAGAUGGAAUUCUCUUGGUGGGCCAUGGAUUGUUGUGGCUGCUGGUGCUGUUCAGUGUUUUGUUGGGUUUUUGUUUAUGUGGGGUUGUGUUGUUGGGUUGAUUGAGGAUGUUCCUGUUCCUGUUAUGUGUUUUUUUGCUUGGCUUUCUGCUAAUGGACAAACUUUUUUGAAUACUACUAAUGUUGUUACUGGCUUGAGGAAUUUUCCGGAGUAUAGUGGGACUAUCAUUGGGAUUAUGAAGGGUUUUCUUGGGCUUAGUGGAGCUAUCCUGAUUCAACUGUACCACACAUUUUUCGAUGGUGACCCAGCCACCUUCCUUCUGAUGCUAGCUUGCUUACCUGCAUUCAUCUCUGUGUUGUUUAUGUUUCUGUUGAGGAUCUAUCAAGUGCAAGACUGUGAUUACAAGAAGCAUUUAGAUGGUUUUUCUGUGGUCACUGUCAUUAUUGUUGUGUAUCUCAUGUUCACAAUAGUUUUGCAAAACUUCGUGAGCUUACCGUAUUGGGCACGGGUUUUUACAUUCACAGUCCUUAUGGUUUUACUAGCAUCACCUUUUGGCAUUGCUGUGAAAGCUCAUUGGGAGGACUCGAGGAUGUUUUCACAAGCUCACUCCAUUGAGACUACUGCCCCCACGAUAGAAUACCAAGAGCUACCUAGCGAGGAGGUGCAAGUACAGGAUACUUCAGAUAAUACAUUGCUCGUUGAAGAAGAAAUGAAUUUAUUACAAGCUAUGUGUACAGUUGAGUUUUGGAUGUUGUUUGUGACCAUGAUUGCCGGUUUGGGUUCUGGGCUUUCAAUGAUAAAUAAUAUGAGCCAAAUAGGAGAAUCUCUUGGGUAUAGCACUAUUCAGAUUGGCAAUAUGGUGUCAUUGUGGAGUAUGUGGAAUUUUCUCGGCCGUUUUGGUGGCGGCCAUGUAUCCGAUUAUAUCAUGCACAAAAGAGGUUGGCCACGGCCCCUGCUAUUGACCGUAACUCUGGGGGUUACAAUUCUUGGUCAUUUAAUCAUAGCUUCUGGUUUCCCUGGAAAUUUUUAUUUGGGUCCUGUCCUGGUGGGAAUAUGCUAUGGUACAAAUUGGUCCUUAAUGCCAACAGUCACUUCUGAGAUAUUUGGUGUGAAACACAUGGGUACCAUUUUCAAUGCUAUUGCUGCAGCGAGUCCACUUGGGUCUUAUAUACUUUCUGUGAAAGUUGUUGGAAAUAUAUAUGACAAGGAAGCCAGUGAAGAAGAUAACUCCUGCUUCGGCAUCCACUGUUUCAGAUUGUCAUUUCUGAUCCUGGCCGGUGUGACUUUUGUAGCGUUUUUGGUCAGUCUGGCAUUGUAUUUCCGGACCCGAAGGUUCUAUAAACUAGUUGUCCUUAAAAGAUUGAAACAUUAUGUGCGAUGAUAGAGAGUGUGUUUGCCAGAUUUUUGGCACAAGAUUGUCUAUAAAAGAUGAUGAGUUAUGAAUUUUACCUGGUUUGUAUGUUGAAAUUGAAAAAAAAUAAAGUUGUAUUGCAUUAUUCUUUCAAUUAUCAUUUGUCAACAAUUGUUCAAAAAAAAAAUUAUCAUUUGUCAACAUAGUCUAUGAUUAUGAGCAUAGAUUUUCACUUCUCAGAGCGUGUCAUUGUUCUGUGGACUCGCUGAACCUUUAGUUAUUGUUACAAGAAAUAUAGAACCACUGUCGAUGCAUUAUUUGUGUCUCAUGUUUUGUAAUUUUGGCAUUCUUUGUAAGUAAUUUCUUUUGUAUUUGGUUUGGUCAAUGUAUAUUCGAAUCAUUUUUUUA